AUGGCGCGCGUCUAUGCUGAUGUCAACGAGCAUAUGCCUCGUUCCUACUGGGACUAUGACAGUGUGAACAUUUCUUGGGGUGUCUUGGAAAACUACGAGAUUGUGCGCAAGAUAGGCCGAGGGAAAUACUCCGAGGUAUUCGAGGGCAUCAAUGUCGUCAACUACCAAAAAUGUGUCAUCAAGGUUCUCAAGCCCGUCAAGAAGAAGAAGAUUAAGCGUGAGAUCAAGAUUCUUCAGAAUCUUGCUGGCGGCCCGAAUGUUGUCGCUCUGCUGGAUGUAGUACGGGACAACCAAAGCAAGACCCCCAGCUUGGUCUUUGAGGCGGUCAACAAUACCGAUUUCCGGACCCUCUACCCCCGCUUCACGGACUAUGACGUGCGUUUCUACGUAUUUGAGCUACUGAAGGCGCUUGAUUUCUGUCACAGCAAGGGUAUUAUGCAUCGAGAUGUGAAGCCUCACAACGUUAUGAUCGACCAUGAGAAGCGCAAGUUGCGAUUGAUCGAUUGGGGUCUGGCAGAAUUUUACCACAAGGGCACAGAAUACAACGUCCGUGUGGCCUCCCGAUACUUCAAAGGACCCGAGCUGCUUGUUGAUUUCCAAGAGUACGACUACUCUUUGGACAUGUGGUCCCUCGGAGCAAUGUUUGCGUCCAUGAUUUUCCGCAAGGAGCCUUUCUUCCAUGGUAACAGCAACUCAGACCAAUUGGUGAAGAUUGCCAAAGUUCUUGGCACUGAGGAGUUGUUUGAGUACCUGGACAAGUAUGAUAUUGAGCUGGACCCACAGUAUGAUGAGAUUCUCUCGCGCUUCCCUCGCAAGCCGUGGCACUCGUUUGUCACUGCUGAAAACCAGCGCUUCGUUAGCGAUGAGGCUAUCGAUUUUCUCGACAAGCUCCUGCGCUAUGACCAUGCUGAACGUCUGACCGCCCAAGAAGCCAUGGCACACCCAUACUUCGAGCCAGUUCGUGCUGAUGCUCGCAACAAUGCUUCUCAAUCUUGA